AGGUAGAAUGUUUCGUUAUAUUAUUUUGAACAUGAGGUUAAAUCAAAAUCCAAGAUGGCGCCGACAAGAUUUGCCAACUUUCCGUCAUGGGUGUCAUUUUCAUGGUUUUCGGGGUCGCUUAUAGCGAAUAUGAAGUCAAAAUUAAAAUCCAAGAUGGCGCCGACAAGAUUUGCCAACUUUCCAUCAUGGGUGUCAUUUUCAUGGUUUUCGGGGUCGCUUAUAGCGAAUAUGAAGUCAAAAUUAAAAUCCAAGAUGGCGCCGACAAGAUUUGCCAACUUUCCAUCAUGGGUGUCAUUUUCAUGGUUUUCGGGGUCGCUUAUAGCGAAUAUGAAGUCAAAAUUAAAAUCCAAGAUGGCGCCGACAAGAUUUGCCAACUUUCCAUCAUGGGUGUCAUUUUCAUGGUUUUUGGGGUUGUUUAUAGCGAAUAUGGAGUCAAAAUCAAAAUCCAAGAUGGCGCCGACAAGAUUUGCCAACUUUCCGUCAUGGGUGUCAUUUUCAUGGUUUUCGGGGUCGCUUAUAGCGAAUAUGAAGUCAAAAUUAAAAUCCAAGAUGGCGCCGACAAGAUUUGCCAACUUUCCAUCAUGGGUGUCAUUUUCAUGGUUUUUGGGGUUGUUUAUAGCGAAUAUGGAGUCAAAAUUAAAAUCCAAGAUGGCGCCGACAAGAUUUGCCAACUUUCCAUCAUGGGUAUCAUUUUCAUGGUUUUCGGGGUCGCUUAUAGCGAAUAUGAAGUCAAAAUUAAAAUCCAAGAUGGCGCCGACAAGAUUUGCCAACUUUCCAUCAUGGGUGUCAUUUUCAUGGUUUUCGGGGUCGCUUAUAGCGAAUAUGAAGUCAAAAUUAAAAUCCAAGAUGGCGCCGACAAGAUUUGCCAACUUUCCAUCAUGGGUGUCAUUUUCAUGGUUUUCGGGGUCGCUUAUAGCGAAUAUGAAGUCAAAAUUAAAAUCCAAGAUGGCGCCGACAAGAUUUGCCAACUUUCCAUCAUGGGUGUCAUUUUCAUGGUUUUUGGGGUUGUUUAUAGCGAAUAUGGAGUCAAAAUCAAAAUCCAAGAUGGCGCCGACAAGAUUUGCCAACUUUCCGUCAUGGGUGUCAUUUUCAUGGUUUUCGGGGUCGCUUAUAGCGAAUAUGAAGUCAAAAUUAAAAUCCAAGAUGGCGCCGACAAGAUUUGCCAACUUUCCAUCAUGGGUGUCAUUUUCAUGGUUUUUGGGGUUGUUUAUAGCGAAUAUGGAGUCAAAAUUAAAAUCCAAGAUGGCGCCGACAAGAUUUGCCAACUUUCCAUCAUGGGUAUCAUUUUCAUGGUUUUCGGGGUCGCUUAUAGCGAAUAUGAAGUCAAAAUUAAAAUCCAAGAUGGCGCCGACAAGAUUUGCCAACUUUCCAUCGUGAGUGUCAUUUUCAUGGUUAUUGGGGUCGCUUAUAGCGAAUAUAAAGUGAAAAUCAAGUUCAAGAUGGCGCCGACAUAAAUAUAUUAAUUUUUCGACAUGAGUGUCAUUGUUGUGAUUUUUGAGGUCGCUAAUAUCGAAUACGGAGUGAAAAUUAAAUUCCUAGAUAGCGCCAAAAAAGUUUUCUUGGCAGUUUUUUAUGGUUUUUGGGUCCGUAAUAUUAAUACUACCAAUAAUUUUAAUAUUAAUACUAACAGCUGGCGGAAAAUUUAGUAUUGUUAUGAGAAUAAAUAGUAUAAAAGAUAUGGCGAAAAAGUGCUCAUCACGCUGAAUAUCUUUUCUUAAGAAAGUAUAUUCAAAUCUCUUCAGGUUUGGCUGGGCUGUUAGGAGUCCAUGUCAGGGAUUCUACAUCCUCGAUUUUCGUAUGUCGCCAACAAGUGCUCAUCACGCUGAACAACUUUUCUUAAGAAAGUAUAUUCAUAUCUCUUCAGGUUCAUCUGGGCUGUUAAGUGUCCACGUCAGGGAUUCUAGAUCCUCGAUUAAUUUCUACGAGGUAUUAAUUUGCCACCGGUCCUUGAUAAGUCUACAAAGUUUGAACGAAAUCGGUCCGUUUAAAAUGGGUAAAAAUCGAGUUGGAAGAGGUUGGUUACAUAGAAACAUACAAACUAACAAACACACAUAUAUACAUUCUUUACAUAUGAAACUAAAUAAAAGCAUGUAAAAAGUUAGUUUUGCGUUGGCACCAUUUGAUUUUUGAUUUCGAACGUUUACUUUCCGAAAACUAUGAAAAU